GUUCUGCCCUCCUGCCCUGUGAACGAGGUACCGCACAAGACUACAAAAUAGUAGCUCGUUUACGUACCUACCUAUCCAUAGCAUAUUUUGUUUUCAUGUGGUCAUAUUACUAAUUGGUAACAUAAUGUGGAGGCCGACUUUCACGAUCUUACAGAAAGUAGUUUUGCCUUCGUUUAGAGAUAAUUUAAAUCUCUCAAAAUUACUUUUUUCUACUAAAAGCCGGCUUCCAAAGUCGACAUCAAAGUUAACCCUUGUUAGUGCUAGUAUCGGUGUUCUCGUCGGCGCAGGUUAUGGAGGUUACACGCAUUAUAAAGUGAACGUUAAAAAGACUUUUAAACCUGGAGAAACUGAAGAGUACGCAUUUUUGAAAGAAGCUCCAGAGUACGCAGCUCAUUAUAAAAUAAUCAACGAUGCGGAUACCAGUAACCUUCAGCUCACGCUGUUCCAAUACCGGACUUGUCCGUUCUGCUGUAAGGUGCGAGCAUACCUGGACGCUCGGGGCAUUAGUUAUGAGAUAGUGGAGGUAGACGCGGUGCUCCGCCAGGCUAUUAAGUGGUCAGGAUACAAGAAAGUACCAAUACUGCUCGCCAAAGUGGAUGGUGGUUACCAGCAACUAUUGGACAGUACAGCCAUCAUAUCCGUCCUCGAAACAUAUUUGAAAGAUAAAACUUCUGAAUUGCGGGAACUCAUCAAAUUCUACCCAGUCACCAAGUUUGUCACUGAAACUGGCAAUGAGUCAACUGACAUUGCGAACAAAUACUUCAUCAUGCACCAAGCAAAUGUGCCGGAUGAGAAGGAGAAAGCGCUUGAAGCUGAGGAGCGCCAGUGGCGUCAAUGGGCCGACCGUGUCCUGGUCAACACGCUAUCCCCCAACGUGUACAGGACGGCCGGCGAAGCUCUUGAGACUUUCCAAUGGUUCGAGCAAGCUGGAGGCUGGAGGCAGUUCUUCCCCGCGUGGGAGUGCACUCUCAUGGUAUACAUUGGUGCCGCCGCCAUGUAUAUGAUUUCUAAGAGGCUGAAGACCAGACACAAAAUUAAGGACGAUCCUCGUGAGUCGCUCUACGACGCGGUCAAUGAAUGGAUGGGUGCAGUACAAUCGAAAGGCACUCCCUUCUUGGGGGGUGACAAGCCAAACUUAGCCGACGUAACAGUGUUCGGAGUUCUCAGUAGCAUUGAAGGAUGCACAGCUUUCCAGGACUUGAAGAAGAACACCGCUGUUGAGAAAUGGUACUUUGAUACGAAGAACGCUAUAGAAAGGAGAAUGGGUAAAGUUAUUGCCAUGCACGCUUAAACGUUUGGCGAACCAUUCGUGUUUUGGUGUUGAUAACCAACUUUGACAUCAUCAUCAUUCUUAAGAACUUUUACAAUUUGUGACUUUCCUCAGCAAUAGUAGGACUACAUGAUAUUUAUAUUUUUAGAUUAUUUAAUAACGUACCAACGUAGUGUUUCGUUCGUGAUAAUAGUUAGGGACAAGUUUUAGACAAAUGUCGACAUCGUCAGUUUUUAAAUUUGACUUGCGGAUUUAUUAUAGUUCAUGCAGAAUCAGCCUAAAAUAUACUCACUUAUAAAACUGGUUAAAUCUUAGUGUUUAUAGAUUCUACUAGAAAUUAACCACAGAUUUUAAUUACAAUUUAGAUUCUUAUUGAAAGAAUGCAGUGUUACACAAAAAUGAUUCUAGAGCAGUUUUAAUAAAUAUUUCUUACAAAUAUAGUGUGCAAAAGUGCUGGCGAAUGUAAUAAUAAUAUCUAAAGAAACCUGUUGUCACAGAAUGGCGAGAUUGGACUGUGAUUCAAUGAUUACCACAAAGUUAUUCAGAUUCUUACUGUUAACUGCGAGACACAUUUAACGUCACACAUAUUUUUUGUGCAAUUCAUGAUAAAUAAUGUAGUUUAGUCAAAAUGCAAAGAAAUAAUAAUUCUGUACAUAUUAUUAUUUGAUUGUUAUAAACGGCACAAUCUAUGAUAUCAACUCUGUCAGCUGCCAUGUAGUGAGAGGUAAAUAAGAUCUGUUGACCGAUUACUUUCACUGGAUAAGAAAAAAUAUAUUAAUAAUCAAUUAAGUACCUCCGAAAUAGCUUGAGACUGAGUAGAUCAUUGACAAAUUAAAUGGUAUCCAGACAAAAUGGUUUAAAACCAUUAUCUACAAUGUCAAAGAUCGAUCAUAUUUUAAAUUAAACUGAAAAAUAUAUGAUUAGAUUUUGAUAUUUUUUCAUUACAUAUUUCUUAUUAUUAUUCUUUUAUUUCAAUACAUUUCUAUAACAUUAUAAUUCUGAUGUUUAUAAAUGAUAUUUUUUAUGAAUGAGUAACGAAAAUGAAUUAAUAUUAUGUUUCGAUUUGUUCAUUUUUAAUGUUGAUGUUCCAGGACGUUCAUAACAGGUUUUAGCGGUACAUAGACUGACAAAUGUCAGAGUUGCGCUCUUAGAUUGUGACGACUAGAGUUUCAUUUAUAGAAGACAUUGUAUAAUUGCGUCCAAACUUAUUUUACUACCUGAUAUAGUAUAAUUAUACAUUUGUUCAAUCUUGUCUAUAGAUUAUGUAGCAUAUUACAAAUAGACUAAUAUUGUUACAAUAGUUGCAAUAAAAUUGGUUCCUAGUGCUGUUAUUACGUCAUUGAGAUUUAUGUAAAUGAGAGUUUCGUAAUGAAACUGUUAAUUUGUAUUUAUUCAAAUGUGUUAGUACAUUUCCUUCAUAAAAUGAAUCUCGAUAGCUCGGCUUGGCUAUUUAUAAGCUUUUAUUGGUUUCAUACUUUAAAGGAAACAAUUAGUACAGUUUAUUCACUACAUGUGACGUGUGAGAAAACGAAGUACAAUUAGCACGUGUAUUUUGAACAUAAACAGAGAAUGGAGAUAUAUUUUUGUCUCUGGAACUGAAUAAAGGCUGUGGUCACCACAUAUGAUAUGAUAAAAGAUUAACAGAAGCCAAACAUUUUCCUAAUACUUAUUAUAUUGUUUACAUUAUAAUAAGAUCACAGCCAAAUGAUAGGUUUAGGUUUGAGUUACGUUACGAAUUAAACAUGUUUGUUUUUUAACCGAAGGAAUGGUUUUAGUUUUAUUUGAUUAGGAUAAUUUUAACACAGUUCGAGUUAUCGAGAUUUUAUUUGUCUAGAUCAGUGUUUCCCAACCUUUUUUGGUUAAGGACCACUUUUACAUAAUUUUAUUAGGUUAAGGACCACUAUUACUAUUUUUUUGUCGUCUGAAUACAAUAGAUUUUCUUUAUCAUGAGAAUUGUGUCAUGGGGUUCAUUCUUAUAAGAAUAGUGUCUUUUGGAUUAUUGAAAUCGGUUGCUCCUCUCAGUGGCUCCUUUAUGACGAAAAGUAUGUAACUUUACGUGGUCCGACCACCAGUUGGGAAUCUCUGGUCUAGAAGGUCGCUUGUCAUAAAUAUGUCGUCUGAAGGUCAUGAGUCGAUUAGUUUUUUUAUUGUACAUAGAAAUAAAUCGGUCCAUAAAUAUUCAUACAGCAAUAUGUACUUAGAUACUAAACCACUUUGCGUGGUGUAGAGUUAAAUCAAUUGUUCUAUAUUUUGUAGGUAUGUACGGAGGUGUUCAUUCAUUUGUGAGACCAAUUUGACUUUCCCUUAAAACUCAAAUGAGAUUAAAUUAUCUUUUUGUCCUAUUUCUGUAGUGAUAAGACGUUGUACUGCCUCGUCUGUCGAAUGGUCCCAAGUGCGACUGCCGGGGAAGGGUCUCGGUUUUAAUACCCGGUUGGGCAUAGUAUUGCUGGAUUUUAUUUUUCGGUUUUCGAUAAUUUCUCAGUAGUAGCAUGGAGGCUGGAAUUGCGCCCGAUAUAGUAUGGUAUAAUAGGCUAACCUAUUAUAUGGGACUCAUAACAUAAAUGGGUGUAUACAUCCCCGAAAGGGCGAUCUGUGGAUGGUGUACUGUACACUCGCAUUAUGUGCACAAUAAUGGGUGUACAGUGGAUCACCCUUUCGGGGAUAAAAAGCGUGACGAUGUAUAAAAAAAAGGUUUUGUAUAAAUAUUCUCUUCAACCUUCGCCAACUAUGUAGGUUGAAGAUGCGUAUUUACUCGGGUGUUGAUAAAAGUUACUAAAUUUUAGUAUAGACAUUAGUUAGACAAAUUAAUUAGUUCCAAAAAUGCGUGUGAUUUUUUCAAACAUUGAUUUGGGUGGACCCCGCGUUUCAUGUAACUUGUAAGGCCACUAUUGACGAACACCGAAGAAGUAAGAGAAUGACUGAGGCAUUUCGGUUUAAAAUCACUUGUUACUAUAACUAUUUAUGUAUAGGUAUAUAAAACCCGGAAUCUUGUACUAGACAGCUGUGACCGCUGACGACAUCAUAUAAACAUAUGUAUUGCAUUUUACAUCAAUAGUUAUAAUAUUGUAAAGACGGUAAGGUGUACGUCAUUUAAUAAAUAUUUGCGAUUAGUUUCAUAGUUUUUACAAAGAUAGAGGAGAUACCUUAGAACAAGGGCAUUUAAAGUCAUAUUCUGACACACAGCUUGCAUUUUAGUACGAAGCUUUGAUCUGCAAUCUAACUACAAGACACAGUCAUUAUGCUUGUGUAAUAGAGAUAUUAACAUAAACAGCUGCAUAUUAUUAAAUUAAAACAUGUUAGUUUUUAAGACCAAUAGGCCUAGUAAGGUGAAAUAAGUAUAUUGUGGGUCAAAAUGUUAACUACAAUCUAAGGUGUGUCCUCCCAUAGCCACUAUCUUCAGGGAGCUUUAUGAGAUGUAAUAUGAAACUAAUCCAGCAUUGUAAAGAGGUUAUUUCACUAAAUAGAUCGGGCGCGGAUAUCCCUUAUUUUUAAUAGAAACGUUUUUGUAUAUUACAAGUCCUCCUCUUCUUUCUUAUUAUUUUUAUAUUAUGUAACAACAUAUCCUGUUAAAUAUAAAAAAUGGAAAUAUAAUUGUUUAAUAAGAUCCUGUGCCUUCUGAGAGUAUUUCUUAUUUAAUAGAAUGUUACUCAACGCUAUUUACACUGUAAAUAAAUACUAACGAUACACAGAAUGUAUGUAUAAUAUGUUGUUAUGUUUCAUGGAGAUGUUAUGAAAAAGGGAGGAGCCUAACCGUCAGCACCAUUUCGCGGGUGCAGGCUAUAUAUUUUGUGCCUGUUUUAAAUACCUAUUAAAGAGAGUAGUUGAAUAUGUUAACAUGUGAUUUUAUUGUUUAGUUAAAGUUGUUAUUAAAUACAUGACUAUUUAUUU